AUGGCUCUAGUACCAAAAGCAGAAUCAGGUUCCCUAGGGCAGAGAAGCUGCCAGAGAGAAGUAGAAGAGACAAGAAAAUUGCUUUCUAUUUUCAAGAGCCCCCUGAACCAGGGAUAUGAUAUGAUCCGCUUAUGUAAAAUGCUAUGUCCAGAAGCCUCCUGUGAAGUAUGUAACAGAGAAACAGCUGAGGUCAGUCAACUGCUGUUUAGAGGGACUGUGAAAGAUUCUGCUCCUGACGUGUCCUGUUUGGCUUCGAUAACACCUAACUCAUUCCCCCCCUUAGAUUCCAUAUCGUCAAUGGACCAUUUUCCACCUCAACGUCCUACCUUCUCCCCACCCCCUUCACAUCACAAUCAGAGAGUGGAUCAGGUUCUAAAGCUAGAUCCUGCUUUGUCUCUGAACACAGUCUCCUCAUGUGACUCUGCCCAAUCUCAAGAUAUUAACCCCUCGCCUUGCUUUUCCCAACCAAAGCUGGGUUCACCUCAAGAAGACUGUACUUUAACAAAAUCUAAAUUAAUACAAAUCACCCAGAAACCUGUUCCUGACGGCUUAUCUCCAGUGAAGCCUGGUGAGUUGGCCUAUUAUAAGCCUACACUCACAGGUGGUGACCAUUCCAGCUUCUCUAUUUCAGAAAUCUCCACUUUGCAGACCAAUGCCUUCCCCACAUUAUUCCUUUCUACACUACCACAUUGUGAUAUUCCACAAGGACACGUUUCCCUCUUUCAAUCAGAGACCUAUCUGUGGGAAGACUUUGCAAGCAAGCCCAUGAAGUUUGGUGGUCUUUCUUCCCUUGGCCAUAAUAUCCAUUCACUCUUGGAGAGACAAAUCAAAAGAAGAAUGGCCCUUAUGAGUUUAGAGGAUAAAGAUAAGGAUAAGGGGCCAUUUCCAAAGCAAAUGUGGUCUGAAUACUCACUGACAUCUUCACGGAAUUCACUGCUGCCAUUUGCUAACGCCUUGGACACCACAGACUCGGAAAACAGCUGGAAUACAGAAGGCAAAGCAGAGCAGUUGUGUGCUUGUCAGCAGCUCCUAUACAUCAUGAGCUUCGGGGAAAAUGUGCAGGAGAAACAUAGCCAGUUUUUCUGGGGUCUCCCUUCUCUGCAUAGUGAGUCACUAGUAGCAACUGUCUUGGUAUCUGGUAGCUAUUCUCCACUGGAGUCUCCUUUUGUUUUAUUCAAUAGAAUCUGUGAUCCUCUCACUGUCCAAACGCAGGACAAAGAACUGCCACAGCAUCCUAAGACUCAUGGCCUUAGCCUCCCCAGUGUCCAUUCCCAGCCGUUUGACCCUGCGCAAUCCCAUUCCAAACCACUGUAUCAACUUCAACCUAUGAUUCAGCCCCAGGCUCAAGUUCAACCCUCGUACUCUAACCUACCCACUUCUUCAUCAAACCAUUUUCGAGCCUGUGGGGUGUGUGUCCAUGGGACCAAGAAUAAAGGCAAUUCUCACUCCUCUGUCAAAUGUGAAAACCUAGAAUGGCAUUUGUUGAAAAAGCAACAGGAAAGUUUUUGGGGCUUAGCCUCUAUGCGCCAAAGACCUCAAGAAACUUCUUAUCCUCGAGCUCCCAAUUUUCAGAUGGUCAGCCGGCCCUCCCAGACCUGUGUACCAGUCCCUAUCAUUCCUGAGCCAGUCCCUAUCACCAAUGAACCCAAGGAGCAACUAGCACUCCACAUGCCACAUGAGUGCCUCCAUGCCCGUAGGGAACAAAAGUCCCUUGCUCUGAUGCAACCUGGGUACAAAUUGGUAGAACCAGCUGAACAGAAACACCCACACGCUCACUCAGAAUACUCUGUGUUUAAGAACCAGAGAAGUAAGGAUCUGGAGGAGACUGAAUUGAGUUCCUCCAGGAUUUCCCUUGACUGGAAUUCGGCGAUGUUUCUUCCAAAGAAGGACACUGGAAAUAGACUUGAAUACAGGCUGGAAAAUGGCUCAAUAGACAUAGACGAGACAUCAAGAGUCUCCGAACACGAUUUCAUGAAAGGCCCAAAUGCUCUCUCUGAGGAGAUUAAAGAUGAAAGUGUAUGUCACUCAAAGAAAGAUUCAGAAAAUAAAUUCCUAAAUAUUUCAAAAGAAAACAUAGAAGAGGACAAGAUGAAAAAGAUUCUAAAAUUACACUUAAUUAAGAAAUUUUGGCAGAUCAAUGAAUGCAGGAUUCCUUUAAUUGUAUGUCAUUCAUGGCUUGCUGAUGACGGUACAUUACGUCUUUCUGGGAGUUCUCAUGAUAAUUUUGAACAUGGAAAUGAGGGACAAUCAGUGGGUAGAGAAUAUUGCCAGUCUCCCACUCUGGAUACCACAUCUCUUGAUCCUAUCACUCAACAAAUGCUAGAAGCCCAUAUUGUAAGAUUUCGAAUGAAUCAGAAAUGGGGCCUGCCUCUCAAGGUCCAUGAAUCCAUAAAAUUCUAUACACUAAGAGAAGCCAAAUCAUGGCCUCUUCCCCAAUUUGAAUUACCCUCUUCAACAUACCAGAUUUCUGCGAAGGCUCCCAAAGCCAUAAUUUCCCAAUCCUUUGAAGUAAUCUCUCAAGAUUUACCAGAAGACAAAUUGUUACCAAUAAAAUCAGUCUCCACAAAAGAUUGUCUUCUCUCUGCUGUCUCACCUGUAGAUAAGGAAGAGCAAAAGACCCUAAAACCUUUUGACAGUGAUCAGAUACUUCCACAUGGCUUUCAGACAACUGAGGAUGACAAGCAGGAUUUAUUUCCCCUCAAACAAAGUAUCACACACAGAAGGCUUCACAGUGAGCCCAUUACACUGAGUAGGCAGAACUCUGAGGUGAAUAUAAGUGAAGAUGACUCAAGACAUGAGUUGAAGGAUAAGCAUGUGAGUUUCAAGGGCGAAGUAGAAAUGUUUCAGGAGACUAUGACAGGAGAGGAGAAUUUAGAACAUGUUCCAGUGACAAACCUGUGCAGGGAGAUAGUAAAGGCUGAGGAGUUCUUUGGUCAUCAAUCAUCAUCUUGUGAUAUUUUGACAACCAGAGAGCUGGGAAAUGCACAAAUAACAAACAUGAAUAUGAGUAAAGUAGGAAAUGCUUUAAUUAAAGAAGUCUCAAUAUUGCCAAGAAUGUCAGUUUCCUGCCAUCCUGAGCUAUUACAACUUGAAAAGCAGCUGAUGAAUGAAUUAAAGUUGAAAUUUCAUGGCCAGAGUCAGGUUGAAAGCUGUUCCACUAACACCCCUUUUGCCUCAACUAGAUUUCCUUCCACUGCAUGCCCAAUUCAUGAUCAGAAAGUCCCCUGUGUGCUUAUGGCAUCUUUCCCAGACCUGCAUGUCCACAGAAGAGGCAAAAUUAUCCGCAUGGAAGAGAGGCAGAAACUCUCAAACUGUAAGCAUGUCUUAGAGGAAUGCCAGAUUAAAAACUUUACACCUACUGACAGAAAAGUGACCCAUCAGGGACCUAGGUUAGGACAGUAUAGAACAAAUAAUUUAGGAUUAGAGAUAUUAUCUAAAUCAAGAGGGAAAGACCACCUUGCCCAAACCAAGAAAUUGGAGACUAAGAAAUUAGACUCCCCCGUAGUCCUAUCACAGAAGGAAGAGAGUCCUGAAGAAAAUUUCUUCAGAAAAAAGGUAAAGCAACUUUUCCAGUGGAUUUAUUCCAAGCGGAAGUACAGUGUCUUCCAAAAAUCCAAUAUCCUGCUGACCCCUGCACAGUGCCAAGACCCACUGGACUCUGGGUCUGAUGAAGCUCAGGAGCUCAUGGCAGUCAUUGGGAAAAUGCUGGAGGAGAAACUAGGAUGCAGAGAAGGGUUUCAUCACGAGACAGAAAUGCAAGUCCAUGUCGAGUCCACUGAUGGGCCUUUCUCCAAUAUCAGGGCUCUCUCCACUCCAGAACAGAGGGAAAGAUCCAGUACCAACGUUGGCAGCCAAAAAGCUACCCAUUUACUGACUACGUUGAGGCUCCCGUGCUCGUUCAUUACAACUCAGCACAACUUCAUGGGACAGAUCGGCAUUAGCCGAGAUCUUCAUCAGUGGCCCCACUCCAGGUCCUGCCCGGCAUGUGACACUGCCCCAGGCUCCUACCUCCCCAUGGCAUGGACCCCAGACCACACCCUGCAUGUGACCCCAAGCUCCGCCCUCCGCGUGGCCCUGUCCACAGAAGCUACACAUUUAUGA